UACGUACGGACUCGAUUAACACGUUAUAUUUCGUGGUUCCUGUUUUCGCGACGAUCGCGCGACCGUCCACGCGAUACAGAAGACGAAACAGCGAAGAUAACGAAAAGAAAAAAGCCUGCUUCCUCCUCUCGAGUGAAUUCGCGGUGUCGAUGAAGAUCACGUGAUCUUAACCGGUUCGAUCAUGCGACCGAUUGGUUGGACGCUAACGUGCGCGCUACUCGCUGUUGCUUUUCCAAAAAGCGCAAUCCUGCCGUGCGUAGAGUGUGUUGGUGUCGUUACCAACGAACAUGAAGGAGUUGAACGCGCGAAACUCGACGAACUGUCGCGACCGAUUUCCAAGGACGCCGUGCUGCAUCCCCUGGUACGACAGCUUCGAGAAUUCUUGGGUGGCAUCUUCGACAAUCAGAGCAACCUACGAGCAGAGGCGCGCACGUUUGGACAUAAACGCAUCCAGUUCAUGUUGAUGCCGAUGAUGUAUAAAAUGGGCGCAAUGAUGACCAUGUUGACUGUGUUAACUGUGAUCUCGCUGAAGGGAUUACUCAUUGGUGCCAUUUUACUGAUGCUCAAAGUGAGCACGUUAAUAGCCAAGUUUUCCUCCGGUUGGCAGCACCAUGCACCGGCCGGGCCUGCUCAGCCGAUUCACGUGCACGUUCACAAUAGUCUACCCACCGCUCACCAACAGGCGUACAGUGGCUGGAUGUCGCACAGCGGUCCAGAUGACGAGCAACACUAUUACUAUAGAGGAUAGUCAACAAGCUCUUCGAAGACAACUCCAAAUAAUCUCUCAUCAUCCGCGAGGACAAUAGUGCAAUUGCAUUUUCAGAACCGAGAAUGCGCUUACGAUUAACGAAGACUUCCUUGGUACCAAAGGAACUGUGCGAUUACUUUAGAUUGAUUUUAUUUAUUUCGACUUUACCGUUAGUAGAUUGUAAGUAGGCUUUGUAAAGAUUUGUCGGUCAUUCCUAAUCGUUACACCCGACUGAAUUGUAAAACCAAAUUUACUUGUGCUACGAGCGAUAAGCUCGUGUUUACCUCAUGUUAACAGUAACGCUCUGUAAAGAAGCAUUCUACCUAUUUAAUGUGUAUCGCCGUAUUUAUUAAACUUUUUAUGAAAUCAA